AUGCAGAACAAGCUUAACUACGCUUUUCCUUCAGGGUGCUCCACAUUAUUAUGCAAAUUUCUUCAGACACUGCACGAAUCAGAAUGGAAUUGCGACCGAUUGUGGUAUGUCGUGAAAUAUAGCACACCUCAAAAUCAGGGCUUUAGGAAUUUAACACGUGGUGAGGAUCAUGUUAUUUUCGACUCCGAACCGUUUACGCAGUGGACAUUCGAAGUACAAGCUGCAAAUCCGUCCGGUGAAACGCAGUGGUCACGCCCGGUUACUGCACAAACGGAAGGGACCGGUUCGUUUUUUCGUAUGCAAUGCAAGACAUCGGUUUUGGGGUUUUAUUAUGCGUUUUGUGCUGUGUAA